AUGGAUCACUUAGUUGUGGUCCACAGCCUCCUGCAGGCCAGCAAACAUCCCUUACCCACAGCAUCCUACAGGCCAGCAAACAUCCCUUACCCACAGCAUCCUACAGGCCACCAAACAUCCCUCAACCACAGCCUCCUACAGGCCAGCAAACAUCCCUUACCCACAGCAUCCUACAGGCCACCAAACAUCCCUCAACCACAGCAUCCUGCAGGCCACCAAACAUCCCUUACCCACAGCAUCCUACAGGCCAGCAAACAUCCCUUACCCACAGCAUCCUACAGGCCACCAAACAUCCCUUACCCACAGCAUCCUACAGGCCACCAAACAUCCCUUACCCACAGCAUCCUGCAGGCCACCAAACAUCCCUCAACCACAGCAUCCUACAGGCCACCAAACAUCCCUUACCCACAGCAUCCUACAGGCCACCAAACAUCCCUCAACCACAGCAUCCUACAGGCCACCAAACAUCCCUCAACCACAGCAUCCUACAGGCCACCAAACAUCCCUUACCCACAGCCUCCUGCAGGCCACCAAACAUCCCUCAACCACAGCAUCCUACAGGCCACCAAACAUCCCUCAACCACAGCAUCCUACAGGCCACCAAACAUCUCUCAACCACAGCCUCCUGCAGGCCACCAAACAUCCCUCAACCACAGCCUCCUACAGGCCACCAAACAUCCCUCAACCACAGCAUCCUACAGGCCACCAAACAUCCCUCAACCACAGCCUCCUACAGGCCACCAAACAUCCCUCAACCACAGCAUCCUACAGACCACCAAACAUCCCUUACCCACAGCAUCCUACAGGCCACCAAACAUCCCUCAACCACAGCCUCCUACAGGCCACCAAACAUCCCUCAACCACAGCUCCACAGCCUCCUGCAGACCACCAAACAUCCCUCAACCACAGCCUCCUGCAGGCCACCAAACAUCCCUCAACCACAGCUCCACAGCCUCCUGCAGGCCACCAAACAUCCCUUACCCACAGCCUCCUACAGGCCACCAAACAUCCCUCAACCACAGCAUCCUACAGGCCACCAAACAUCCCUUACCCACAGCCUCCUGCAGGCCACCAAACAUCCCUCAACCACAGCCUCCUACAGGCCACCAAACAUCCCUCAACCACAGCCUCCUGCAGACCACCAAACAUCCCUCAACCACAGCCUCCUACAGGCCACCAAACAUCCCUCAACCACAGCCUCCUGCAGACCACCAAACAUCCCUCAACCACAGCCUCCUACAGGCCACCAAACAUCCCUUACCCACAGCAUCCUACAGGCCACCAAACAUCCCUUACCCACAGCCUCCUACAGGCCACCAAACAUCCCUGAACCACAGCCUCCUACAGGCCACCAAACAUCCCUUACCCACAGCAUCCUACAGGCCACCAAACAUCCCUUACCCACAGCAUCCUACAGGCCACCAAACAUCCCUUACCCACAGCCUCCUACAGGCCACCAAACAUCCCUCAACCACAGCAUCCUACAGGCCACCAAACAUCCCUGAACCACAGCCUCCUACAGGCCACCAAACAUCCCUCAACCACAGCAUCCUACAGGCCACCAAACAUCCCUCAACCACAGCAUCCUACAGGCCACCAAACAUCCCUCAACCACAGCAUCCUACAGGCCACCAAACAUCCCUCAACCACAGCAUCCUGCAGGCCACCAAACAUCCCUCAACCACAGCAUCCUACAGGCCACCAAACAUCCCUCAACCACAGCAUCCUACAGGCCACCAAACAUCCCUCAACCACAGCCUCCUGCAGGCCACCAAACAUCCCUUACCCACAGCAUCCUACAGGCCACCAAACAUCCCUCAACCACAGCCUCCUGCAGGCCACCAAACAUCCCUCAACCACAGCAUCCUACAGGCCACCAAACAUCCCUUACCCACAGCAUCCUACAGGCCACCAAACAUCCCUUACCCACAGCAUCCUACAGGCCACCAAACAUCCCUCAACCACAGCCUCCUACAGGCCACCAAACAUCCCUCAACCACAGCCUCCUACAGGCCAGCAAACAUCCCUCAACCACAGCCUCCUACAGGCCACCAAACAUCCCUCAACCACAGCCUCCUACAGGCCACCAAACAUCCCUUACCCACAGCAUCCUACAGGCCACCAAACAUCCCUUACCCACAGCAUCCUACAGGCCACCAAACAUCCCUUACCCACAGCCUCCUACAGGCCACCAAACAUCCCUCAACCACAGCAUCCUACAGGCCACCAAACAUCCCUGAACCACAGCCUCCUACAGGCCACCAAACAUCCCUCAACCACAGCAUCCUACAGGCCACCAAACAUCCCUCAACCACAGCAUCCUACAGGCCACCAAACAUCCCUCAACCACAGCAUCCUACAGGCCACCAAACAUCCCUGAACCACAGCCUCCUACAGGCCACCAAACAUCCCUCAACCACAGCAUCCUACAGGCCACCAAACAUCCCUCAACCACAGCAUCCUACAGGCCACCAAACAUCCCUCAACCACAGCAUCCUACAGGCCACCAAACAUCCCUCAACCACAGCCUCCUACAGACCACCAAACAUCCCUUACCCACAGCAUCCUACAGGCCACCAAACAUCCCUUACCCACAGCAUCCUACAGGCCACCAAACAUCUCUUACCCACAGCAUCCUGCAGGCCACCAAACAUCCCUCAACCACAGCAUCCUACAGGCCACCAAACAUCCCUCAACCACAGCCUCCUACAGGCCACCAAACAUCCCUCAACCACAGCCUCCUACAGGCCACCAAACAUCCCUGAACCACAGCAUCCUACAGGCCACCAAACAUCCCUGAACCACAGCCUCCUACAGACCACCAAACAUCCCUCAACCACAGCCUCCUACAGGCCACCAAACAUCCCUCAACCACAGCAUCCUACAGGCCACCAAACAUCCCUGAACCACAGCAUCCUGCAGGCCACCAAACAUCCCUCAACCACAGCAUCCUACAGGCCACCAAACAUCCCUCAACCACAGCCUCCUACAGGCCACCAAACAUCCCUCAACCACAGCCUCCUACAGGCCACCAAACAUCCCUGAAC